AUGCCUGCCCCGCCUGGGGGUGGAGGUGGAGACGGGGGUGGAGGAGGACCGGGCCCUGCCGCUGCUGCCGCUCCUGGAGGGCCAGGGAAGAAACGGCGUUUCCGCCCGGGUACUGUGGCUCUUCGUGAAAUCCGGAAGUACCAGCGGAGUACAGACCUCCUCAUCCGUAAACUCCCUUUCUCUCGAGUGGUGAGGGAAAUUGCUAUGGACAUGACGACCGACAUGAAUCAUUAUGGAGAUGUGGGUUUGCGGUGGCAAAGCUCUGCAAUAUUGGCCCUUCAAGAAGCAACAGAAGCCUUCCUGGUUCACCUCUUUGAGGACGCCAACCUUUGUGCUAUUCAUGCUAAGAGAGUCACGAUCAUGCAAAAGGACAUACAACUUGCACGCCGCAUCCGAGGUCCAUGGGGAGGCGUGGCAUAA